AUGCCCCAGCUCCGUCAAAUCCACACAUCACAGCCGUCCACAUCAAGUGCAAUCGAUCGCAGCGUUCCAGACUUCCCGGUUGCUGCUGUUGACGACGAGAGCCAUUACUUUGCCUCGAAUGAACCACCUGAGUACCUCGAUGAGCUGGUGAAGGAAGCACAAUGCUUUGUUGACGAGCACAAGUCCAAGGGGAACAAGGUUGUAUUGGUGACCUCUGGUGGUACCACAGUUCCACUGGAGAACAACACUGUGCGGUUUAUUGACAACUUCAGUGCUGGAACCAGAGGAGCCACGAGUGCUGAGUACUUUUUAGAAGAGGGCUACGCCGUUAUCUUCCUACACAGGGAGUUCUCGCUGCUUCCUUACUCAAGACACUACUCACACACCACGAACUGCUUCUUGGACUACAUGGCCGAGGGCAAGGACGGUUCCUUGGUCAUAGCAGAUAAGUACCGUGAUGAGAUGCACCAAGUCUGGAAGAAGUACAACGAGGCGCGUGACAAGAACCUGUUGCUGCUACUACCUUUCACUACCGUGAACCAGUACUUGUUCUCUCUGCGUGCCAUUGCUCAGGUGAUGGAUACCCUAGGAACAAGUGCACUGCUAUACCUCGCAGCAGCAGUCUCUGACUUCUUCAUCCCUGUCUCGAGAAUGCCGGAGCACAAGAUCCAAGCACAAGAUCACAUGGAAGGGGGUAAGCUGGUUGUUAACCUCGACCCAGUGCCCAAAUUCCUACGUCGUCUGGUUGAUAAUUGGGCUCCUGGUGCAAUGAUCACCAGCUUCAAGCUGGAGACGGAUAAGGACUUGCUGUUAAGAAAGUGCACGCAAUCUCUGGAACGCUAUCACCAUCAACUCGUCAUUGGUAACUUGCUCCAAACUAGAAAGAAAGAGGUUGUGUUCGUGACCAAUACCAAGCAACAAUGGUACAGGCUGAAGGAUGGUGAUGGCGAGAACAAGGAGAUUGAAAGCUUGAUCAUCCCAGCUGUCAUCCAGCAACACGAUGAAUACAUCAAGAACCACGCAUAA